CGUGCAGCCGGCACUUGCAGCCGCGCAGAAGCGAGCAGCAUGUCGUUCGAGUCGGAGCUCCGCAGCGCCGCGACGGCCGCCACCACCGCCCUGGUCGUGGCCAACCCCGUGCUCAGGGACUAUGCCUACUACAGCGCGCUGCUCGGGCUCAAGGUGCUCGCCUUGGGGCCGCUCACGGCGCGCCAGCGCUUCCGCAAGAAGGUGUUCAUAAAUCCUGAAGAUGCAAAGUUUUUUGAUGGUACCUUAAAACAGGAUGAUCCAGAUGUUGAAAGAGUUCGCAGGGCCCAUCACCAUGAUCUAGAAAACAUCCCUGUUUUCAUGUUGAUUGGUGGUUUGUAUACACUGACUAAUCCAGAUCGAGAAUUGGCACUAAAUCUGUACCGUGGAUACUUUGCUUUCCGGCUUGCACACACUAUUGUGUAUGCAGUGUAUCCAGUUCCACAGCCAGCAAGAGCACUUUGCCAUUUUGGAGCACUAUCGAUUUGUGUCUUUAUGGGAUUUAAGGUUUUAAAGUUUUUCUAUUAAGACAGAUUGUUUGAUUAAAGAAACACAAUCAUUAGCUCAUACUUCCAGCAUCUUUGUGUUACAUGAAAAACGUGUACUAUUAUUCCAAAUUAACAAUGUUUACUUAUUUAUUUACUUAGUGUUUCACAUUUGAAUAUAUUUUGCUGUAAUUUGGAUUAUUACAAUCUGUCAAUAGAUUUAGCAGUUUUUCUACUUUUUUACAGGCAUUAUAAGUAAACAAAUAUGAAUCAUGUUUUGGAAAUGCAAUAUAUAUUUUUAAGAUUUGUAAUGAUUACAAAACUAAGCUACUUUAAGUUUCAUUAAUAAAUUCAUUCUUUUGUACGCACAUUUAAGCUUUGUAAGUAUAGUUGACAAUAAAGUUCCAAAAGAUUUGUUGUUAGGGAAUGACUUUAACAAUGGACUCACUUCAUUACUGUAUUCAAAUGACUCAUAGCAUAUUUGUAAACAUUCUCCUCCUUAAUGGCUCGAUAGAAUAUGAAAUAUGUAUAAAUUUGGGUGUGGAAUUUGACAGGAAACACAUCACUGGGGCUAUGCUAGCUAUCACAAGUUAAUUUUAUAUGCUGAAUUCCUUACAAGUGUUCAUUAACAAAAAGUUCUGUUGGUGCAAUAAAACUUGGCUUUUU